UUUUCAGAGAACCCAGCACAGCCCUGGGGACAUUUCUCCUGAGAGACCUGAGCUGUUAGAAGAGACCAUCUGAGUGCUACCCUUCUGUCCUCUUUUGUGGAUGGGAACUAAGGCUGGCUUUUGCUGAGAGAGACAUUCCAUGCCCUCAGCCAGACCAGGUCCCCAUGCUUCUGUGGCUGCUUCUGCUGAUCCUGGCUCCUGGAAGAGAUCAAUCAGGAGUAAUUCCCAAAGCUUUUCUUCUCCUCAAUCCUCCAUGGUCUACAAACUUCAAAGGAGACAAAGUGACUCUCACGUGCAAAGAUUCCUAUUCUCCAAGCCAGGGACACAUAUCUUGGUACUAUAAUGAGAAAUUGUUGGAUAAAAACUCUGAAGCAAUUCAAAUAGACCAGACUGGAGAUUACAGUUGCAAGACCCAAAGAUCUUCUUUCAGUGACCCUGUACAUGUGGAUUUUUUAUCUGACUGGCUGAUCCUCCAGGCCCCAUACCCUAUCUUUGAAGGAGAUGAUGUAAUUCUGAGAUGCCCGAGGAGAGAAGAAAGCACUAGUGAAACGGUUUUCUACAAAAAUGAAAGAAAAAUUAGUAGUAAUUAUGAAUCUAGUUUCACCCUAACUUCAGUCUCCAGGGAUCAUGGCAAAUAUCAUUGCAGUGCUUCUAAAAAAAGUUUAUGGCGAACAAAGAAGGAAAAUUCAAAACCUCUAAUGAUUCAAGUUCAAGAGCUGUUUUCACGUCCUGUGCUGACAUUCAACCCCUCCCCGGCCAUAGAGGGGAGACCAGUAACCCUGAGAUGUGACACAUGGCUCCCUCCACAGAGGGCAGACACUCAGCUUCAAUUCUGUUUCUUCAGAGAAAACGAGGCCCUGGGGUCAGGCUGGAGCAGCUCCCCAGAGCUCAGGUUACCCACCAUGUUGAGUGAAGCCUCAGGAUCUUACUGGUGCCAGGCAGAGACAGUGACUCCGGCUGUCAGGAAAAGAAGCUUGAGAUUCCAGAUCCAUGUGCAGAGAGUCCCUGUGUCUGAUGUAAAUCUAGAGAUCCAGCCCCCUGAGGGGCAGCUGAUUGAAGGAGGAAAUCUGCUCCUUAUUUGCUCAGUAGCCAAGGGUACAGGGAAUAUCACAUUCUCCUGGCACAGAGAGGGCACUGUCAGAAGUCUGGGAACAAGGACCCAGCGUUCCUUGUCAGCAGAACUGCAGAUACUCACUGUGAAGGAGCGUGAUGCUGGGAGAUACUACUGUGCAGCUGACAACCUUCAUGGUCCCAUCCUCAGUAAACUGGUUACAGUCACACUCAGAAUUCCAGUGUCUCGCCCUGUCCUUACCCUCAGGGCCCCGAGGCCCCAGGCUGUGGUGGGGGAUAUGGUGGAGCUUCACUGUGAGGCCCAGAGAGGCUCUCCCCCAAUCCUGUACCAGUUUUAUCAUGAAGAUGUCGCCCUGGGGAACAGCACAGUUCCUUCUGGAAGAGCAUCCUUCACGUUCUCUCUGACUGAAGAACAUUCUGGAAACUACUCCUGUGAGGCUGACAAUAGCCUGGGGGCUCAGCGCAGUGACAGAAUGACCCUCAGUGUUAUAGUUCCAGUGUCUCAGCCUGUCCUCACCUUCAACCCUGCUGGGGCUCAGGUCCUGGUGGGGGAUGUGGUGGAGCUUCGCUGUGAGGCCCAAAGAGGCUCUCCCCCGAUCUUGUACUGGUUUUAUCACGAGAAUGUCACCCUGGGCAACAGCUCAGCCCCCUCUGGAGGGGGCGCUUCCUUCAACCUCACUCUGAUGGCAGAGCAUUCUGGAAAUUUCUCCUGUGUGGCUGACAAUGGCCUAGGGGUGCAGUGCAGUGAGGUGGUGACACUCAGCAUCACAGGGUCUUCCAGUAGCAAAGUAACCCAAAUCACUAUGGGAGUGACCACAGGGCUGUUAACCAUCGUUGGCAUUGCUGUCACUGCUGUUCUGGUGAGUCGCUUCAGGACCCAAACGAAUUCAGGAGGAUUUUUUGUCAUUAGAACCCCUGGUUCCAGUCCCAAUGCGUUUCAGGAGAUUUCCUUGUCCAGAACCUCCAACACAGACCUCCAAGGGCCCAUCUACUCUGAGCCACCAGAACCAACGGAGCUGCAGCCAGAGUACUGCAAUGUGGGUCUUGGAGAUAGUGACCUGGUUUAUUCCCAGAUCCAGAGCAUCCAACAUACGACAGAAAAUUCAGCAAAUGCACCAUGGAAAUAUUGGGAGGAUAAGGAGCCCAGAGUAAUCUAUUCAGAGUUGAAGAAGGCACAUCCAGAUGACUCUACAGGGCAAGCCAGCAAUAGAGACAGGGACCGUGAAGAUGCUGCAGAAAACUAUGAGAAUGUCCCAUGCACGUCAUCAGCCUUAGACCACUAGCUCUGUAUUCAGUGGCUCGCAGAGACCCUGAGAAGUAGCCUGUGUCAUUAUCUCUAUUAUCUCUAACCAUGUACCAUUCUUGCUUCUAGGGCUCUGCAUCCCAGGAGGCUGAGCUAUGGGGGAUAUGAAGCUGUGUGCAUGUUCUGCCAACUUCCUCUGUGCCUGAGUCUCUGCAUUCUCUAGGAACAUAGUGGGCAUCUUUGAGCAGGUGCUGCAUCCUUUUCUUAGUAGAGACAGAGGUGAAGACAGGACAGGUGGGCCUUCAGCUCCUGGGCCUGUUGAAAGGAAGGGAAAAGUGGUCUAGCUAGGAUCGCAAGGGUGUGAUCAUGACCAGCAGAUCUAAGUGUCAUCAAACCUUUUAAUGUACUAUCUCACAUAAACAGUUUGUUCUAAAUAUCUCA